AUGGAUCAUGAUGUGGAUGAUGUGGUGGAUAGUGACCAGGUGGAUAGUGACCGGGAGGAUAGUGACCGGGAGGAUAGUGACCGGGAGGAUAGUGACUCGGAGGAUAGUGACCCGGAGGAUAGUGACCCGGAGGAUAGUGACCAGGAGGAUAAUGACCAGGAGGAUAAGGAGGUGGAUAGUCCUGAGGAGGAUCAGGGUAUAGGUUCGGUGGAACACUGUAUGGUGGUGGUUUCCAUGUCUGCAGAUGCGGUGGUUCAAUUGGAUGAGUUGCAAAGUAGCAAUGUGCCUUCCCUCCCUUACCCUAAAUUUGAGCAAGUCUUCAACGCGUACGACGACUCCGCAGUUUGUCCUCAAAGAGAAGAAUUUAAUUUGACAAUUACAGGAACACUCGAUUGCCUUAAUUUAAAUAUCUAUGCGCCAAACAAAGCUUCUCCCCAAAACAAAGUUCCCGUUUUAGCUUUAAUAUACGGUGGAGGUUUCAAUGUCGGAUUUGCGGGAAGAUUCCUUUACGGUCCUAAAUUUUUGGUCAGACACGAUAUUAUUUUGGUCACUAUAAACUAUAGACUUGGUCCUUAUGGAUUUAUGUGCCUAGACACUCCUGAAGUUCCCGGAAACCAAGGAUUGAAAGAUCAAUUAUUGGCAUUACGCUGGGUCAAGAAUAACAUUGCUGCGUUUGGGGGCGACGCAGACAAGAUAACCUUAAUGGGAACGAGUGCUGGCAGUGUCUCAGUUGAAUUACACCUCAUGUCGGGACAGGAGAAAUUGUACAACCAAAUUAUAACACAAAGUACCUCCGCAUUGAGUCCAUUAGCUGAACCGUUUUCUGAUAAAGCAGCACCUCUAAAAAUCGCUGAUAAAUUGGGCUAUAAAACAAACAAUAUAUCUGAUGCAUUGGAAUUUUUAGCAAAAAGAGAUCCUAAAGUGAUUAUAGCAACUUCGAUUGAUUUAUCGUUGAUAUUUGUAACGUGUGUUGAAAAAACAUUUGAUGGUGUAGAGAGCAUAACAACAGUACAUCCCUUACAAGCUGAUAUCAAAGAUGUUAAAAACAUGAAAGUUUUAGCAGGUUUUAAUAAUAAAGAACAGUUGGUGCAAUCCGCAACGAGACCUGCGGAUACGUUUAGAGAUUUAAAUGUUUUUAAAUUUUUGGCGCUGGGGUUUGAUGUCGACGAAAAUUUUCAGGUGAUGGAAGAUAUUGUACGCCGCUUUUAUGUAGGUAAGAGAAAAGAGUAUUACGUAAUUACUUACGUAAUAAGUAUUGUAUUAGUAAGUAAGUCAUCGCAAAUGUAUUGUUUUAUAGAUAUUUUACCCUUUUACUAGAUACUCGUACC